AUGGAAGCUACCGCGCAAUACUUUCCCGUGGUAUUGAUUAUUAUGCUGUACAAGGUGGUUCUAACUUUCUCGUGAUAUAUGUAAUAAACAGCUCACGUCAUAGAGAGUGCUUUAUACGGGGUUAUAUUCACGAGUUGUUUGUGUCAAAAGCCCUCACUCGCUCGAUCGUACCUCGCUCGUUCGGGUUUUGUAGACUGCUUGCAGUCUGCCUUUUCUCUUAAAAUCCGUCCAGUUCUUAUCCAUCCAGCGCAAACAGAAAAUACACUUACAAAAGUUUAAUCUAAGUACGUCACAGACCUCAGCGAUGUGGGCUCGUUUUAUUGUUCGCCGUCUUUCUUUCGAUUGAAGUAGAAAAUUGGCGAUUAACACGUCGAGACUUCUUGUAUCAAUAUUUUCCAACUCUCUCGGCUGGCUCCUUCAAACUAAAUACUUUAUUAACAACGAAACAUCUCUCCGUGUUUUGCUUAAUGUGUUCCUGUUUUUUUUUUUUUUUUUUUUUUUGAUGCUACACAAACUCUUCUAAGGAGCAACCAACCGACAAAAUCCUGUAAUAGUUUUCCUUCGUCUCCGGUAUUUUGUGUAAAAAAAUUUGGAGGUCGCCAGAAAGCCGCCAAAUCUGGAAAGCCAUAAACGAUGAACUACUCUGAUAUUGGCUCAGAAAGGCAAUUAUGCUGUCGUUGAUUGGUUAUGCUUCCACAUGUGAAAACAGUUGCAUGUACGCCAUUCUGAUUGGCUGUACAAGCUUUUCUCACAUGAGGAAAAUAAAGUGUAUAGAUUUCUACAAAUAAGCUUUACGAAAUAGAAUUCUCGUAAUACUUGUAAUAAAAAGUGGCUCUAACUUUGAGUCUGUGAAUGAAAUCCUAACGUGUGACCAUUCAAAUGAAAGCUACUGAGCAGUACUUUCCUGUGGUACUGUUUAUUAUGCUGUACAAGGUAGCCCUAACUUUUGAGUCUUUGGAUGAAAUCAUUAAGUGUGACAAUUCAAGUGAAAGCUACUGAGGAGUACUUUUCUGUGGUACUGUUUAUUAUGCUGUACAAUAUUGUUCUAACUUUGAGUCUGUGGACGAAAUCCUAACGUGUGACCAUUCAAAUGAAAGCUACUGAGCAGUACUUUCCUGUGGUACUGUUUAUUAUGCUGUACAAGGUGCUUCUAACUUUCGAGUCGGUGGAUGUAAUCCUCAGCGUCAACAUUCAAAUAAAAGCUAUUGAGUAGUACCUUGCGGUGAUAUGAAUAUUACAUAUUGUUUGUGCCCAAUCACAGACUAGGUAAGUCGUGGAACUGGUUCGUUAAGAGUAGUAUCCCAGGGGCUCUCUCGCCCGUUCUUGAAAACUUUCGCUGACGCAACUAAGGCAGACCAACUAACUGCCCCCAAGUCUCCGAGGAUAUAUUACGCCAUAAAGAGGGUUCUGCCCUUUCAAAGACUGACUCAUCCACUAUUGGAAUAUCCUUGUGCUGUUCGCGUUUUGUUUUAUGGAAAUAAAUUAAACGCAAGACGUUUUCUAUAUUACUAGGCACCUAAUUUCGUCAUGUCGCAAUUGUUUCUUCAAUAUCUAGGUACGCAGAAGAGCUUCGUCUCACUCGAUCUCUGUUUUCGUGGUAAAUUCUGUGCUUUGGCUAUUUGUCGUUCCAAUAAGUUUGCACGCCACGCAAAUGUUGAUGCCAGAAUUUUUGCCAAUGCCAAGAUACACAGAUGGAAAGAUCACGGGUACCAAUAACAGCUUCCCAGCCAUACAAGUAGCUUUUGAUGUUUUCUUUUAUGCAGCCAGUCGCUAAUUGUAUUUCCCCCCUCAAAUCACACCGUGGGAAUGUCUGGAGAUGAAGGACUCAUCCCAAAGAUUCUUGUUGAUCAGUACAAGAUCACUACGCAAGAGAUCGUGGUGACAGCUGUGUUGGACAUCACAGAAAACGUGGUACUGUACGCCUUUCCACUCUACCAGAUGUCUGUUCUCAAAAGUUGUUUGAAAAGAGUCCUAGAGAUGGUAGAAGACAGCGAUUAUGGAGCACAGCAAAACCCUAACAGGAUUUUUAGAACACGACAGGAGAAGAAAGACUUCACGAAUUGGUUCCGCAAUAGGUGCAUUUCUGGUAUUACAGUUCUUGGUAGAGAAGUGAGUUUUCUCUGGACCUUGGUGUUGACCUUCUUUGGUCCCUUUGUUGUGGUGGUGGUAAAUUUGAUGUUCAAGCACAUUCACGUCGAAUCUCCUUGGCAUUAA